AUGAGUAACGACGAUGUCAGUUAUUUGGUGGAGAACGAUGAAGUGUGGAGAUGUGACCCGUGUGCUCAGACACGCCGUAAGAGUAUGGUCCUUGAGUCCAAGACCAGUGUGUCUUACGAUGAUGUUCUUAAGCUUGUGACAGAGAUUAAAGAUGACUUCAAGCGAGUUGAGACUAGCCUCGGCGGCUCUUUAAACGCCUGUCACGAGGAGAUAGCCCAGAUCAAGGAUCUGAUCAACAAGCAGAGGGAGGAGUUGACAGCGUGGGCGAAGAUUGCUGAAGAUCUGAGGAGUGAGAAUGCUUCCCUUCGCCGUCAGGUCUCAAGUCUGGAGGCCAGGGUGGACGAGGCAGAGCAAUACUCGCGGCGUAACACCCUUGAGAUACAUGGCAUCCCAGUGGAGAAAGACUCCGCAACGAGGGACGGCUCCGGGAAACCACCUGGAAUCGUCGUGAAGAUGGUUAGGAGGUUGGACGCUGAGGGUCUGCUGCAGAAGCGGAGGGUGAAGAGGAACCUCAACACACAUGACCUAGGACAUACUUCGAGACCUGCAGAUGUGGUGUAUGUGAAUGAGAGCUUGGCUCCUGGUCGUCGCAAACUUCUCAAUGCUGCGCGCCAAGUGAAGAAAGACAAGGCUUACACCUACCUCUGGAUAAGAGGUAGCAAGAUCCUAAUGAGGAAGAAUGCAGGCGACCGUGUGAAGGUGGUAACAACUAUGGACGAUCUAGCAAACUU